AUGUCUCUAAACGGCACGCAAGUGGGACUUAACCAGAACCCACUAAACACUGCCAAGCCUAAAUCCGGCACGCAAGUGGGACUUAACCAGUACCCAGAAAACACUGCCAUACCUAAAUUCGGCACGCAAGCGGGACUUAACCAGUACCCACUAAACACUGCCAAGCCUAAAUCUGGUACGCAAGUGGGACUUAACCAGUACCCACAAAACACUGCCAUACCUAAAUUCGGCACGCAAGCGGGACUUAACCAGUACCCACUAAACACUGCCAAGCCUAAAUCCGGCAAGCAAGUGGGACUUAACCAGUACCCACAAAACACUGCCAUACCUAAAUUCGGCACGCAAGCGGGACUUAACCAUUACCCACUAAACACCGCCAAGCCUAAAUCCGGCAUGCAAGUGGAACUUAACCAGUACCCACAAAACACUGCCAAGCCUAAAUCCGGCAAGCAAGUGGGACUUAACCAGUACCCACAAAACACUGCCAUACCUAAAUUCGGCACGCAAGCGGGACUUAACCAUUACCCACUAAACACCGCCAAGCCUAAAUCCGGCAUGCAAGUGGAACUUAACCAGUACCCACAAAACACUGCCAUACCUAAAUUCGGAACGCAAGCGGGACUUAACCAGUACCCACUAAACACUGCCAAGCCU